UAUGUACCUACUGCAUAAAGUACCACCUCCUGUGCAACCUGCUCAAGACUCCCUUUAACCCCAGGAAGUGGAGCAAUGGGGCGUGGCUGAGCCCCAGCAGGAAGUGGAGCAACAGGAAGUGGAUUAGAGCCAGAAGUGAAUUGAACCCCAAAGGUUUCACUCGCAGCGCUGUCUCCUCCCAACUGUGUAACUGGACCUUCAGGGAUGGAUCUGUCCUGUAGGAAACGUUCCUGCACCACUUCUCCCCCCCCCAUAGAGGUGACGGUGAAGAGAUGUUUCUCGUGCCCUGAGACCACCAAACCCCUCGUGCCCCUGCGCCCCAUCAAACCCCUGGCCGGAUUCUUUUACCCCAGGAAAUCCUUCAAGCGCUUGGGGGGGAACAAGUGGCGCUCGUACGAGGACGUGCAACUGCGGGUUCAGACUUCCCAACCCAAGAUCUUUGAGCAGAUAGAGGGAGAUCAUGCUGGCUCCGUGUUCUUCUCCAAUCCUCUGUAUGAGCCCCCCGAACCUGAGAGCCGCGCAGCUACCCCCACCCCGGCGCCAUCUUGCUCAGCACCAGCCAUAGAUGGGACCACCAGGGCGUCACCGUCUGCCCCCUCGCUGUGUUGUAACCAAGCCGAGCAGGACCCCUCAGAGUCAGGGAUAUUUGGAAGAUUCCGGCACAAAGAUCCCAGCAAGCGCCAAAGGAGAGAGUCCAAGUUUGUGCACACGCAGCCCCUCUAUCAGGAUUACUGGUUGCACCAUGCCAAGGAGGAUACCUACGGGCACGGCUCCUUCUCUCUGGAUUCCUCCCUUUCAUUUGCCGGCCUGCUCUCUUCUUCCCUUGCCGGAGGAUCCCCUGUUCAAAUGAGCUCCCAGGUCCACUCCUCCUCCCUAUGGCAAGAUCUCCCCAAAGUGAAGAAACAGAAGAUCAUGGACAAAAUGACCCCCCAUCAGAGGCAACUGCAGGAGACCAUAUUUGAAGUGUUGACGUCGGAGGCCUCGUACCAGCGCAGUUUGUCAUUGGCUAUAAACCAUUUCCAGAAUUCCCGCAAACUCUCCGAAUGCCUCGGCGCCACCGACCAGCACACCCUCUUCUCCAACCUUCCUGCCGUCUGGGAAGUGAGUCAGAGGUACCAGUCUGUCCGGCCCAUAGUCAUAACCAGCCCUUUUCCUGCUCCAAUCAGAUUCCUGCAGAAUCUGGAAGAGGCUCUGGAGAGGGACAUUUUCCUGCGGGACACGGGGAAGCUGAUCCUGCUGCACUGCCCAGAGUUCCACCGGGUCUACAUCCCCUACGUGACCAACCAGAUGUACCAGGAGAACCUGAUGCAGAGACUUGUGAAGGAGAACGGGAGGUUCCUGCAGGUCCUACAGAAGCUGGAGGAGAAGUCUGAGUGCAAGAGGCAAAGUCUCAAGUCUUUCCUGAUCCUCCCCUUCCAGAGAAUAACCCGCCUGAAGAUCCUGCUGGAGAACAUUCUGAAGUUGGCACAAGAUGACCUGGAACUGGCAGAUUCUGCAAGGAGGUCUCUGGCAGCUGUUGGGCAGAUUGUAACCGCCUGUAAUGAGGGGGUGAAGCGCAUGAAGGAGAUCGAAGACUUGGUGCUUCUGGAGAAACAAGUGGAGUUCAGCAACACAAAGUUCUUCCCCCUCAUCUCUAGGGGUCGGGUCCUUCUGAAACACGGAGAACUCGUACAGAUAUUCUUUCAGGAGAUGGGCCCUGGUCACCGGCACCGACUCUCCACCAAACCCAUCUAUGUCCAUCUCUUUAGUGACCUCCUGAUGAUGAGCAGAACCGAGUACGGGCGCUACUUGGUGGAGGACUAUACCAGCAGGGGGCAAGUGAAAGCCGAUAACUUCCGGGCCAAACAGUUGGGGCUCCCAGAUUUCACCUUCCUGCUGAGACUGAGGCCCAGCCACGCUGGAGUAAACUGCGAGUAUAUACUGAAAAGCAGCAGCGAAACAGAGAAGCAGCAGUGGAUUUCUCUCAUUAAUGGCCAGAUGUGCCCGGCGCUCAGCUGCUGAGUCUGAACUACAGGGGCCCCAGGUGCUGGGGGUCUGGACAGACAGCAGUCGGGGGGAUUCUCUGGGCCCCAAUACACUCUCUGACUGAGGCUUCUGCACCCCCUUACUGCACCCACUGAGGCCACAGCCAGUACAACUGCAUCUGGUGCCCCCGACACAGCACAACAUGGAGGGGCCUCUGGCUGCUCAUCUGGGGGAGCGCUGGCUUUUUCAGGGGGAACCGGGCAGAACUGGGGGAUAUUCCCUCUGAGCUCACUGAGACUUGGGGGGCAGGUAAUGGUUUGUAUGUGGCAUGUGCAGCGUCUUGUCAUUUAUUCUUGUUUUUUAUUUAUUGUUCUAAUAAAUUUUCCUUUUAUUCA